AGCUGCUCAGUUGUGGUGGAGGGCUUAGCUCCAGUGGAGGUGGGUGUCGCAGGUGCCUUGAUUUAACGCACUUCACGCAGCAGCCGCACGCCUUUUCACUGUUUGGAACAACAGGGGAAGAAAAUGGGAAGCACGGUGAUGGAGUCGCACAAGGACAGCGCCAAGAAAACGAGGAAGCGGAGAAGUCUGCGGAUAAACAUGCCCGACUUCAGUGCAUUCACUUCCCCACAAGUGAAUUCUCAGAGCAGUGGCUCAGCCAAAGAUGGAACUCAGAAGGGAGAGCGUUGUGUCCGUUCAGCCAGCCCAACCAAAGGAGCGUAUGCAAGGGGCUCUGCCAGUGCCACCCUGCCCCCUUGUCCCAUGUCUGCCCCAGUACAAUUUAAGACUAGCUCAGGUUCGCCCAAAACCAUCUUCCCCUAUCCAUCCCAUCAGGAUUCCCCACCUAAAUCCCCCCGCCGUCUGAGCUUCAGUGGUAUCUUCCGCUCGUCACCCAACUCCGCACCUGCAAGCAUCAAGCUGUUCUCCAGAGCCAAGAAAGCCUCUGGACUCUCCUCUCCACCCACAACCCCGACCCAGGCAUCCAGCCAACCUCUGUUCCCCCAGGAGGCCCAGCAGAGCAGCCCCAGCCAUGAACGCCUGGACUCUUGCUACCGCUCCCUCUCCUCACCUCCAGACACAGGACAGCGCCACAACCUUCCAUCUAAACCCCCCAUCCCUUCUUUGAGCCCUGUGCUACCCAACACUACCUCACCACAAGUCUACGGUUUAUUCGAAGGCAUGCUGGAGAAACUUGAACUAGAAGAUGAUGCUGCUGAGCCAGAGAGUGAUAUUUACAUGCGCUUUAUGAAAUCCCACAAGUGCUACGACAUUGUUCCCACCAGUUCCAAGCUGGUUGUGUUCGACACAGCACUCCAAGUUAAGAAAGCAUUCUUCGCCUUGGUAGCCAACGGUGUACGUGCAGCUCCACUAUGGGACACAGAGAAGCAAAGUUUUGUGGGAAUGCUGACAAUCACAGAUUUUAUCAUCAUACUACACAGAUACUACAAGUCACCAAUGGUGCAAAUAUAUGAAUUAGAGGAACAUAAGCUUGAGACGUGGAGAGAGGUUUACCUGCAAGCAACGUUUAAGCCUCUAGUGAACAUAUCACCUGAUGCAAGCCUAUUUGAUGCUGUGUACACCCUCAUCAAAAACAAAAUUCACCGGCUGCCUGUCAUCGACCCUGUUACAGGGAAUGCACUUUACAUUCUCACACACAAGAGGAUCCUCAAGUUCCUCCAGCUCUUUGUGUGUGAAAUGCCAAAGCCAGCUUUCAUGAAGCAGACCCUGGGGGAGCUGGGCAUCGGUACGUACCAUGACAUUGCUUUCAUCCACCCCGACACACCCAUCAUUAAAGCACUCAACAUCUUUGUGGAGAGACGGGUGUCUGCCUUGCCUGUGGUGGACGAGACAGGCAAAGUUGUGGAUAUUUACUCCAAAUUUGAUGUCAUAAACUUGGCUGCUGAGAAGACAUACAACAACCUGGACAUUACAGUGACUCAGGCUCUGAAGCAUCGCUCACAGUACUUUGAAGGAGUCAUGAAGUGCCAUAAGCUGGAAACACUGGAGACGAUAGUGGACAGGAUAGUUAAAGCUGAAGUCCAUCGGUUGGUUGUGGUGGACGAGCGCUCCAACAUUGAGGGCAUCAUCUCCCUGUCAGACAUCCUCCAGGCUCUGGUGCUCAGCCCAGCAGAUGCCUGUAGAGAGGAGAACCUGACGGAUUGAGAGGAAGGAAGCGCCUGAGCUGGAGAGCCGGUGGGAGGAACUUGGGUUGAAGGCUGAAGUCGGGAGCGCAAGGCUGUGCAAAACAGUCUGAGGGUCCCAGAGUAGCCCGCAACCGAUGCACUAUAGAGGCUUGGAAACCAAAGAGCUAGACUGCUUAGAGGAAGUGGAGCUCCUGCACUGGAGGAUCAUUUGUCUGAAUAGGACUGUUUUUUUGUUUGAACACUGAUCAAAUGCGCACACACGUACACAUACACACAUACAUACACAUACACAGAUAUACACAGAUGUAUUUGAGUCAUCUGCCAUGGAGAUGCAGGAAUGCUGAGACAGAAGCCCUAAUUCUGAUUAACUGGGGCUUCAGUGUUUUGGGUUGUGUAGGUUUGUUAACCUGCUCUGUUGUCAUUUAGCAGUUGUUUUAGCCAAGUCACAUUUUGUCAUGUGACACUACCAAGGCCAGAAUGACCAUUCAUCACCACCUCAAAGCCUCUUUCUCAAUAUCGGGUGUAGAAAAUGAACAUUCACAGCUGCAACUUUGCUUUAAUAGUAAAACUACACAUCACGCACAAAUGUUGUGAUUGUUGCCAUUAAACAUCUUUUGGCCAAUGCCUGUCAGGAUUUGCCCAAUCUUUAUUUGUGCCUUUUGCUUGCCCUGCCCACACCACAUCACAAGGUACAGUACAUUUCCCUGACGUAAUGUUUUUUUUUUUUUUUUUUUUUUUUUUUUUUUUUCAGCAAUUGUAGAAAUCUAAAUCUACAAAACUUAAAUAGCUGGCAAAGUCCAUUUUCAGCUUUGUGUUAGUUUAAUUUUCACUUUUAUUUUUUAUCAUUAAAAUUUUGAAACCUUUCAGAUGUUUCACUAAUUUGUGUUUUACUUUAUUAACAUCUGACAAAAAUCCUAAAUUAAAGAAAUCAUUUUUGGCACACAGCAGUCAAAUGUCAAGGUGAAUAUUUUCCAAAAACUGCACAGUACAGUAAUAAGGUCUCUAUCAGAAGAAGCAUGAUUGAAGCAUGAUAGAUUGGCUGUGAUUUGGCAUCAAACUGUGAUGGCAGGGGAUACAUUUUUGUAUUGGUUUGACAUAACCAUGUCCUUUUUAAAAGUGUAAAAGCGGUUUCCUUUUUUUUUUUUUUUUUUCCUUCAGUGGUGUCAUAUAUGUUUUUGUUUCCUAUAUUACGUAUGUGAGCAACACUCGUCAGACGCCUGAUACUCCGUUCACAAAAAUGCAAACCACCGUGGCAUCUCAGCUGGAGUCGUAUGCUGUUGCUUGACAGGACUCAUCUCCAUCGUUCACUGUAAAUAGGAUUGUACUCGGGAAACGUGCUAGAGAAAGCUUUAUUUUUAUGAAUGUAUCAGAGGAUCAUGUUUAAAGAGACUGCAGUUUUAAUAUUAUUUUUGUAAAUAUAUCGUGGCAAUAUGUUCAACUCAAAGAAACUUUGUAUCUGAUCAUCAUGUACUGUAAAGGUGCAAGCAUGACAAAUUACACUUCAGUUAUGAAUGUUCUUUUACUUUUUUUUUUUCUAUUUUUCUGGCUGCAGAAAAAUAAAUGGACACUGAAUGUACUUUAAA